CCCUCGCGGCCACUCCUCAGGUUCCUGGUUAAGAUGGCGUCCCCGGUGGCCUUCGCGGCGCAGGCCGGGAAGCUUCUGCGAGAGCGAGCGCUGCGGCCGCGGCUCCUGGCGGUCAGGUCCCAGGCAGGUCACUUAACCCCCCGAAGAUGGCUGAACCUGCAGGAGUACCAGAGCAAGAAGCUCAUGUCAGAGCAUGGAGUGAGAGUGCAGAGGUUCUUUGUUGCCAACACUGCUAAGGAGGCUCUGGAGGCAGCCAAGAGAUUGAAUGCAAAAGAAAUUGUUUUAAAAGCCCAGAUCUUAGCCGGAGGAAGAGGAAAAGGUGUCUUCAAUAGUGGUUUGAAAGGAGGUGUUCAUUUAACAAAAGACCCUAAAGUAGUGGGACAGUUGGCUCAACAGAUGAUUGGUUAUAAUCUAGCAACAAAACAAACUCCAAAAGAAGGUGUGAAAGUUAACAAGGUGAUGGUUGCUGAAGCCCUGGAUAUUUCUAGAGAAACUUACUUGGCCAUUCUAAUGGACCGGUCCCAUAAUGGCCCUGUGAUAGUGGGCAGUCCUCAGGGGGGCGUUGACAUCGAAGAAGUGGCAGCUUCCAGUCCAGAACUCAUCUUUAAGGAGCAGAUUGACAUCUUUGAGGGGAUAAAGGAUAGCCAGGCCCAGCGCAUGGCAGAAAAUCUGGGCUUCCUUGGGUCUCUGAAAAACCAGGCUGCAGAUCAGAUUAAAAAGCUGUACCAUCUCUUCCUGAAGAUUGACGCCACUCAGGUGGAAGUGAACCCCUUCGGUGAAACUCCAGAAGGACAAGUUGUCUGUUUUGAUGCUAAGAUAAACUUUGAUGACAAUGCUGAGUUCCGACAAAAGGACAUAUUUGCUAUGGAUGACAAAUCCGAGAAUGAACCCAUUGAAAAUGAAGCUGCCAGAUACGAUCUCAAGUACAUAGGACUAGACGGGAACAUCGCCUGCUUCGUGAAUGGUGCUGGCCUGGCCAUGGCUACCUGUGACAUCAUCUUCCUGAAUGGAGGGAAGCCAGCUAACUUCUUGGACCUUGGAGGUGGUGUCAAGGAGGCGCAAGUCUACCAAGCGUUCAAACUGCUCACGUCUGAUCCCAAGCUGGAAGCCAUUCUCGUCAAUAUCUUUGGUGGUAUCGUCAACUGUGCCAUCAUUGCCAACGGAAUUACCAAAGCCUGCCGGGAGCUGGAGCUUAAGGUGCCACUGAUAGUCCGGCUUGAAGGAACUAAUGUGCAAGAGGCUCAGAAUAUCCUCAAGAGCAGCGGGCUCCCCAUCAUGUCAGCUGUGGACCUGGAGGAUGCAGCCAAGAAAGCUGUUGCCAGUGUGGCAAAGAAGUGAUGGCUCUCCCUGGCUCCCACAAAGAAGGGCAUGUCCCUCACCACUGUGAAAGCAAUUGUUUUCUCACUGGGAAGGGAUACACACAAGGAUCAUCAUGUGAAAAAUUUUAACUCUGAACUUUCUCAGAUAUGCUAUCCAGAGUGCCUAAAGCUGAUUUUAUACUGUAGUCAUUGCUAAGAAAAAUCUCUCCUUACCUUCUCCUGCCCAUUCAGUAGCAGGGUCUACCAGCUCUGGGCCACAGUCAGUUUGACUAAAUAGUGUGCAUACAUACAGUAUUUAAAGCCAGAUCUAUGGGCUGGUGAGAUGGCUCAGUGGGUAAGAGCACCCGACUGCUCUUCCGAAGGUCCAGAGUUCAAAUCCCAGC